CCAAAUCGGGCCGUAACAGGCGGUGGGGGUGGAGGUGGGGACCCCUCCUAUGCCCGGCGACGUAGCUCUCAAUAUGUGGCCAAACAUUUGCAAAGUAGCCGUCGAUUGAGUGCAAUAUCGGGUCAUUCAAUGGCACUGGCGUUGGAUAUAAAGCGCAAGAGUAUUGGGGGUCAUUCACUAAAGAAUAAUAAAGAACUGAAUGGAAAACCUAGUGGACAGACAACACAGACAUGUGAUAAGGAACUGGAGCCAGAGCCGCAAAUGAGUUUCCGCAUGCGAUUGCUAUACACAUCGAUCAUGUUAUUAAUUCAUCACGAUUUUGGUGUGAGUGUGUCUGGUUUUGCCCCAUCAUAUGUGGACUUUUGCGCGAUGUUACAGACAAACAUGACUUAUAUCGGACUCAUACCCAUAUGCCAGGCCUUUGGGGGCAUUUGUGGCUCACUUUGCGCCUGGAAUAACUCGAACAAUGUAUGGCUUAUGGAGAUGUGGCAACAUAACAGCCCUUCCGUACUACUGUUCUCGCAGGCCAUCUAUGGGAUCGGCACAAUCAUAGGCCCUUUGGUGGUGAAGCCAUUUUUGUCGGGUCUAUCAGCCGGUGAUAACUCAGGGUCGGAAGCGAUCAAUAGUACCGUAGACUGGAGUGCGUUAUCCAAUGAAGUGUCCCAUAAGCUUAAGACACCGUUCCUUAUAACCGGAUUGAUUGAAGUGAUCGGUCCUGUACUACUGGUGCUCUUAUUUUUCAUUAAACCCUACAAAUACACGUCACUCUCGAAACUAGCGGAGGACCGGGCGGUCACGGAUGCCGACAAGGCUCGCCUCGACGAGCAGCGACGUAUAAUACCAAAAAAGACCCUGAUCGUAUGCGUAUCCAUAUUUUUCGCCACUGGCUUUAUGACCGAGAACAUGUACAUGGACUUUGGUCCGUCAUUUUUCCAGUUCAUACCCCUUAGGCUGUCCGCUCAGACAGCCGCAGACAUAGCCAGCACUAUGGCUAUUGCCUUAACCGGGGGUAGAUUUUUAUGCGUAUUCAUUGCGUUAAAAGUCAGGACCCAGUACCUAAUAUACGUGCACACGUGCAUCAUAUGGGUCGGGGUUAUUAUACAGUAUUUUGGGCAGGAUGUGCUAGGUGUUUUAUGGGCUAGUGCCGCCAUUAUAUGCUAUGGCUAUUCGUGUAUAUAUGUGGCUCUGUAUGGGUUUGUGAAUCAGUACUUUGAGAUGACUGAUGCCGUGGGUACUAUAUUUAUAGCUUGCUACAAUUCCCUGUAUCUGUUCCUACCCUAUGUUAUCGGCGAUAAUAUCGAGACGAAUCCUAAUAUAUUCAUGUAUUUAAUGUUUGGUUGCAGUUAG